CUUGGAGACUUCGGCGCGGGGCACCCCGGAGGCGGAUCAGAAACUGGCCGAGGACUCCGCUCGCUGCCGGUGCUGGGAGGAGAUCGGGAGCCGCCUGGGCCGGCUGUACCUUUCGCGCCCUGCGUCCCCAGCCUGGCCAUCAGCCAGCGGCGCUGAAAAAGAGGCUGAGGUUCAGGGUUUGGGAGGAGAUCCAGAUGAAAUAGGUUUCUCAGCAGAUCCAGCGCCGUUAAUCCCAGCGAGCGCACACUUUUUAAAACAUGAAGAAAUUAAGGCUUAAGGAACUAGAGAGUCGCCUGCAACAAGUGGAUGGAUUCGAAAAGCCCAAGCUACUCCUAGAACAGUAUCCAACCAGACCGCACAUUGCAGCAUGUAUGCUGUAUACAAUCCAUAACACAUAUGAUGACAUUGAAAAUAAAGUGGUUGCAGAUCUAGGAUGUGGCUGUGGCGUGCUCAGCAUCGGAAGUGCAAUGCUAGGAGCAGGGUUGUGUGUUGGAUUUGACAUAGAUGAAGAUGCACUGGAAAUAUUCAGUAGGAAUGUAGAAGAGUUUGAGUUAACAAAUGUUGACAUGGUUCAGUGUGAUGUGUGCUUAUUAUCUAACAGAAUGUCCAAGUCAUUUGAUACAGUAAUUAUGAAUCCUCCCUUUGGGACCAAAAAUAAUAAAGGGACAGAUAUGGCAUUUCUGAAGACUGCUUUGGAAAUGGCAAGAACAACAGUAUAUUCUUUACACAAAUCCUCAACUAGAGAACACAUUCAAAAGAAAGCUGCAGAAUGGAAAAUCAAGACAGAAAUUAUUGCAGAGCUGCGAUAUGACCUGCCAGCAUCAUACAAAUUUCACAAAAAGAAAUCAGUGGACAUUGACGUGGACCUAAUUCGGUUUUCUUUUUAAAAGCCUCCAAAGACAAAAGCAGCUUAAAACUUAAUUAAAAUGAAUAAAAAAAAUGUUGUUUACUAAA